GUUGCGAAACCUGAAAGUUGUCAUAAAUCAAAGAAUCGAUUCAUUUCUUGAUGUGGAUGGCGCCCCCUUGUGGUCGUUUAUGGACACGUUCUGGGUCAGUCCUCAGGUACUCGGAUCUUUUACUCCAAUGUGAAAAUACUCUACCACAAAAGAUGGAGCUGGAGAUCUAGACGGGGCAGCCGGAGCCUGCAGAGUUCCUACCGAGCACAAGAGAACAAAAAAAACCAACCUCCCCGACUGUCUCCGACCCGGCAGAACACGCAGCAUGAAGCUCUGGCUCGGGCUUUGCCUGGCUCUGCUCUGGGUGGAGCUCCAACACGGGGCCUGCCAACAGGUCAAGCGGAGGAAGGACGCAGGAGAGAACCGCAUCCGCCUGGGGGGGAAGCGGGCGAAGCUGCGACCGGCCAAACCAAAACAUGGCGGCGGGAAAAGUCAGAACCUGCUGACCCAAGUUCUGGACAAGGGCCGCUUCCUGCGCCUGGGCCCGGUCACCACGCUGGCCCCCGGGAGGAGCAUGAAGCUGCGCUGCAAGGGCAAUUCCAUCGGCUGGUCAUACCCGUCCUCCCUGGACACCUUCAACGACUCGCGCCUCAGCGUCAAGCCCAGUGACAAGUACGGCCAGCUGGUGCUGACGUCGCCCUCUGCUGCCGACACGGGGCGCUACAGCUGCUGGGUGGUCGUGUGCGACGGCUCGGAGUGCGAGAGAGACCACGAGCGCACCUACGUCUCCUACGUCUACUUCACAGACAAAGACAACCUCUUCGUUCCGUCCGCCAUCCACGUCGAGAUCGUGUACCUGCGCCCGGACCGGCCCGCCGUGGUGCCGUGCCGCGUGACCGACCCGCGGGCCGAGGUGUCCCUGCACAGGGAGGCGCCCCCGGAGGAGAUCCCAGCCAACGGGACGCAGGUGACCUACGACCCCACCAGGGGGUUCGUGCUGCAGAAGCCGAGGCCGGAGCACCAGGGGGUCUUCUACUGCAAGGCCGUGCUCAAGGGCACCCCUCAGAUCUCCACCAAGUACCAGCUGCUCUACGUGGAGGUUCCGCGCGGGCCGCCGUUAGCGGGCCUGGAAGCGUCUCCGGAGUCGGUGCGCCGAGGCGACGACGUCAACGUGACCUGCAGCGUGUUGGGGGAGCCGGAGGCGGACGUGAGCUUCACCUGGACGUAUCCUGGUCAGGGCCGCCGCCCGGCUCACACACACACCUCCUGGAGGCUGGUCAACAGAGGGCUGAGCCACACCACGCGGCUCUCCCAGAGCGUCCUGACUCUAGAAGACAUGGAGACCAUCGACUUCGGGAACUACGUCUGCAAAGCCAAGAACCAGGAGGGCGAGACCAUCGUGACGACCGACAUCGUGUCCCGCUAGCAGCCGGGAUGGAACCGCAACACGGAGAACCGACGUGUGUGUGUGUGUAUAUACUUAAUGGGUGUAUUUUUAGAUUGCAGCUCGCGAUGACGUAAUAAAGGAUUUGCUACAGCUUUCA